AGGCCCGGCCCCGCCGCCUCCUGAUUGACUCCCAACUUUCUGCUCCUCCCUUGCAUAAACUUUCCCGUCCCUGCGCCUGGCUCCGUGCGCGGACCCGGGAGCCCGCCGUGCUCCCCGCAUUCCUGCCGCCCUCCCUGGCCCGGCCCCGGCCCGGUCCCGGCCCGGCCCCGGCCCCGGUCCCGGUCCCGGUCCCGGCACCCGCGGCCGGCCCAGCCCCUCCGGAGCACGGAGCAGGUUGUCGUGUGUCCGUGGGGGCUCGGGAUCGGAGCCCAGAGCAGCCAGCACCAUAGCGUCCAACAGCUGGAACGCCAGUGGCAGCCCCGGGGAGGGGCGGGAAGAUGGCCAGGACAGCAUGGACAAGAGUCUGGACAAUGAUGCCGAGGGUGUGUGGAGUCCGGACAUCGAGCAGAGCUUCCAGGAGGCGCUGGCGAUCUACCCCCCCUGCGGCCGGCGGAAAAUCAUCCUCUCGGAUGAGGGCAAGAUGUACGGUCGUAACGAACUGAUAGCCCGGUACAUCAAGCUGCGGACGGGGAAGACGCGGACGAGGAAGCAGGUGUCCAGCCACAUACAGGUUCUAGCUCGGAAGAAGGUGCGGGAGUACCAGGUUGGCAUCAAGGUCUCUAGCCACUUGCAGGUUCUUGCCCGGCGGAAAUCUCGUGAGAUUCAGUCCAAGCUGAAGGCCAUGAACUUGGACCAGGUCUCGAAGGAUAAGGCUCUGCAGAGCAUGGCUUCCAUGUCCUCCGCGCAGAUCGUGUCAGCCAGCGUCCUGCAGAACAAGCUCAGCCCCCCUCCUCCUCUUCCUCAGGCUGUCUUCUCCGCUGCCCCCAGGUUUUGGAGUGGGCCUAUCCCAGGACAGCCUGGACCCUCUCAGGACAUUAAACCAUUUGCACAACCAGCUUACCCCAUCCAGCCACCCAUGCCUCCGUCACUAGCCAGUUAUGAGCCCUUGGCUCCGCUCCCACCAGCCGCCUCGGCCGUGCCGGUCUGGCAGGACCGUACCAUCGCCUCCGCCAAGCUCCGGCUCCUCGAGUACUCUGCCUUCAUGGAGGUGCCACGGGAUGCUGAAACGUACAGCAAACACCUCUUCGUACACAUCGGGCAGACGAACCCCUCGUACAGUGACCCGCUGCUGGAGGCUGUGGACAUCCGCCAGAUCUAUGACAAGUUCCCCGAGAAGAAAGGUGGCCUCAAGGAGCUCUAUGAGCGUGGGCCCCAGAACUCCUUCUUCCUCGUCAAAUUUUGGGCGGAUUUGAACAGCACCAUCCAGGACGGGCCGGGGACUUUCUACGGUGUCAGCAGCCAGUACAGCAGUGCAGAGAACAUGACCAUCACGGUCUCCACCAAGGUGUGCUCCUUUGGGAAGCAGGUCGUGGAGAAGGUGGAGACGGAAUAUGCGCGGCUGGAGAACGGCCGGUUCGUCUACCGCAUCCACCGCUCUCCCAUGUGCGAGUACAUGAUCAACUUCAUCCACAAACUCAAGCACCUCCCUGAGAAGUACAUGAUGAACAGCGUCCUGGAGAAUUUCACCAUCCUGCAGGUUGUUACCAACAGGGAUACCCAGGAAACUUUGCUCUGCAUUGCCUUUGUCUUCGAGGUCUCCACCAGCGAGCACGGCGCCCAGCACCAUGUCUACAAGUUGGUCAAGGACUAGGGGCCCUCGGGGACAGGUGGGCUAUGAAGGGUGCAGGGUGGGGGGGCUGCGCCGAGCAGCCACCCACGCCCACUGCCUCGUGAGGAGUCAUUUGAAGAGAGGAGGAGGAGGAAGAAAAAGAAUAGCCAAAAA